CGUAACAAUAACAAAAUAAUUCUGAAGAAGAAGAGAAGAGAAAAUACAAAAUCCUCGGCAAAAAUGUUGAAAAUUUGCACGAUAUCUCGGCUUUCGUUUCUUGCCACGAGCUGUACGAAGUCGUUUCACAGCACGCCGGUUUUGUGUGCUGAGCCGCUGAAAAAGAAGAAAAAGUUGGACCCGCAAAUCAUCAAACAGCGGGAGGAGCGCAAAAGGAAGCGACUGGAGAAGCAGAUUCGUCGUUUAGAGAAAAAUGCCCGCCAGCUGAAACCCAUCGAAGAGUUGGACGUUCCUAUCGAGUUGAUCGACGAGCAGAGCAAGCGGAAGCGUAAUGAUCCCAAAAUAACGCCUCAACUGGUGGAGAGUAGGGCGCUGCUGGAGAAGCAGUGGGCAAAGUAUAAAAUGGAGCAAAAGCUGAACGAUUAUCAACUUUUUGAUCGGGUAAUAGCCGCCCAAACCAAGGCGCUGGAUGAGCUGAAGCUAGAAUCGGAGGAGCUGUACCAAAAGGCUAUCCAAGUGGAUCCGGCGCUGGUUCCGUUCCUGGCGAACGGCCCCGUCGCUACUCCGCCAAUCAAAGAUUACGAGCAGCCGGACGGAGAGUACAUCGAUGUGUCCCGCAAAUACGAAUAGUGCAUAGCGCGCGUGUAGUAAAAAUUAAAUUAAAUAAAAACCACAUU